CACCCAGUCAAUAUGUCCAGUUAAGUACACGCAGGUCACAGUAAGCAAGAUGUUGCCUCAACUAGCGUUAUUCUUCACAAUAUUCGCUUUUAUAAUACUAGAAAAUAAUAAAACAAAUUCUUUUAAAACGCUAGCGGACCUAAAGAAUCAGUUUAAGAAAGUCGAGAACGAAGGGUUUAGUACAUCGGAUAUUUGGGUCGGUAAAGCAAUGGAUUUCGUCUACUCGAAUAAGACAAUUAUGAGUUUACUCGCAAGAGAACUUUGGAACGUGGGAUCAAAGGCUAUUGAUAAAAUUGUGGAAGUGAAGGACAGGAGGAAACAACAAUCGCAGUGAAUUUUACUGAAAAGACAAAAGGCUGGUCAUGAAAGUACGCUUCUUCUAAAUAAUGAAGAUAUACAAUACAAGAAUAUUGUGAUCGCAAUUUUCUCCUUAUUAGUAGAUACCUAGUAGAUUUAUAAUUGUUUUUACAUAUAAAUGUUAAGUUUGUA